AUGGGCGGCAAGGAUCCUGCAAAUAUAAUAACUGAUCAAGAUAUUGUGAUGAAGGCUGCUAUCGCAGAGGUAUUUGUCAGUUCAGUUCAUAGGAAUUGCCAUUGGCACAUUAUGGAAAAUGCUAGGAAGACAAUGGGUGCUUUCUUGGAUAGCAAGGGGAAUGGUAAGCAAGAGUUGGCGGAUGACUUCAAGGAUUGUAUUGACAAUAGCUUCACACCGGCAGAGUUUGAGCAGAAGUGGCAGGCUUUUCUGGAUAAAUAUGAGCUCAACAAUGAUGAGAGGUUCCAACAUUUGUAUGACAUGAGACAUUGUUGGAUCCCUGCGUAUUUCAUGCAUUGUUUCUUCCCCUUCCUCCAAACAACAGCACGGAGUGAAGGCUUCAAUGCUGUCCUGAAGCGCUAUGUCAAGCCAAAGAACUCGAUACUCAACUUUGUGCAGCAAUAUAAGAAGAUACAACAAAAGAUUUUCAGCAAGCAAGAUUUGCAAGAGGCGGCCACAGCCACGAAGGUCCCACGCUACUUGACGGGGCACCCUAUGGAGCAUCAGAUGAAGAAAGCGUAUACAAGGAGGUUGUUCAAUGUGUUUCAACACGAGCUGCAGCUAAGUUCGAGCUACUAUGUUGUUCGUGUUGAAGGGGAUGACUUGAUAGAUGUUGUUCCGUACAGGCGUUGCCCCGAUCUGUUGUAUGGGACAUGGACAUUCAGGGUCACGUCGUCCAGGGUGGAGGGCUUGUAUAGCUGCACUUGUUGCAAGUUUAAGAGAGAUGGAGUGCUUUGCUGCCACAUAUUGAAGGUUUUUGACGCCCUUGUAGUCCGCGAGGUGGCUGAUCGGUACAUUCUCCCUCGAUGGUCAGUUGAGCCAGUGGUUGAUAGUGGGGUGGAAGUUGCCGCUAACGAGCAUCUUCAAGAAGCCCAGAUUACAGACCACGGGAAGCAUGUUAUACGUUACAGCAGGAUGUGCACAAACUUUAAUAAGAUUGUGAGACCUUUUAUGGCUGAUGAUGAGGGGUAUGGCAUAGUAUCAAAACAAGUGAGUGCCCUACAAUCUAAGCUUGUUGCUUUGGGGAAAAGGAGAGCGUCAAGUGUUCUUCCGGGGCUGGAGUGCUCGCAUGUUGCUGGUGCUGAGAUUGGGGACCCACCAAUAACAAAGAAGUAA